UUUAAAAAAGGAAAUGAAAUAAACCAAAAAAGCCCCCAAUUUCCAUAAACAGCUCGUCGUCACCACAGACUCCAGCGAAGGCUUCUCAAAGCCAAAACUACCAAAUCAGACUUGGAAGGUUGCUUUCUCUCAAUUCUCUGGGCUUAAAAGGAAAUGACAGGAUAUGCCCGAGGUAGAGGUCGGCGAGGUGGAAAGGGCCGUGGAUGUGGUAAUGUUGAAGGAAUAAGUGAUAAUUUUCCAGUGGUGUCAUCUGUAGAUAUUAAUCCAUCACAGAGACCUACGCUUGAUCAAGCAUCUCAGCCACAAGCACAACCAAUAGGGAUUCCUGAAGAAAUGAUAGGAUUUGCACGAGGUAGAGGCCGGCGAGAUAGAAAGAGCCGUGGACGUGGUAAUGUUAAAGGAAUACGUGAACUACCACAGGGACCUACGAUUGAUCAAGCAUCUCAACCACAAGCACAGCCAACAAGGAUUCCUGAAGCAAGUCAGUGGACUUCUCUAGAAUUGAGGAGCCCUGAAACAAGUCAAAGACCGUCUUCAGGGUCAGAAUUCUCAAGGAAUCUGGAAGGGAGUGUACAUCCUUCUUCAGAAAAUUUAAAUAGCGGUGCAGUUUCUUUCAGCAAUACUAAGAAAGGCAGGGGAAAAUAUAGAUCCAUACACGUGGAUAUGAAAACUCAGUGUGGUAGCAAAAUCACAGUUUACAUUCCGGAUGACAUCGAUAGAGCUGUGGGUCCUGGGGCUAGGGAUAUUGUUAAUUAUUGUGGCUUGAUCAUGAGGAGCACUAUCUCGUUCAGAGAUGGUGAGUGGGCAAAAAUUUUUGCAAAGCAUGGACAAACUAUGUGGCUGAAGGUUCAGGAGAAAUUUGAAGUUGGUGGCGGUAGGGGAGAGCAUGUGUUGCAAGGUUUUGUAGCCAGCACUAUGCAAAGGCUUUUUAGAACGUGGAAGACUCGGUUGCAUGCUGAAUACUUACGUUAUAAUACUGAUGAGGAGAGACUGUCCCAUCCGCCAAAAGAUGUUAUGCCUGAGGAUUGGGAAUUUCUGGUACAAUAUUUUGGAAGUCCGACAUUCAAGGCUGUAAGCGAGAGAAACAAAACAAACAGGAAAAAGCAAACAACUAAGCAUUCAUGUGGCUCAAAGUCUUUUGCAGAAGUAGAGGAAUCUACGAGGGAUCCUCUGACUGGAGAAAAGGCACCGCCAGAUCGUGUCUGGGAGCUCCAACAUACGCGUAAGAAUGAUAAAGGAGAACUGCUGUGGUCAGAUCCACGAUCUCAACAAAUUUAUGACCAGAUCCAGGAACUUGUGGGUCAGCAAGAAUAUGAAGAAAACGAGAGUCCAAUGAAUGGAGAUGAGAUUUUAGCCAUUGUACUUGGCGAGAGAACAGGCUAUGUUCGUGGAAAAGGUUAUGGAAAACAGCCUCUCAAAAAGAGCCGCAUGCAACAGGGAGACUUAGGGUCUAGCCUGUCUUCUGCAAUAGAAAGUGUGCGUUAUGAGAUGCAAGCUGACAUGGAGCGAAAGUUGCAAGAAGAACGUGAACAAAUGCGAGCUGAAAUGGACAAAAGGUUUCAAGAGCAGAUGGAAGAGGAGCGUAGACAAAUGCGAUUAGAAAUGGACAAAAGGAUCCAAGAUAAGAUGGAGAUGGCUGCUCUAAUUGUCAGAAUGCAACAGGGUCAAGGUUCUUCAACUGCCCGUGUUAUCCAAAGGAAAAAGCAAAAAAGCACGGGAGCCAGUUGGGGCGUUAAGCGCAAGCGUUAGUAAAGCAUGGAUGUUUUGUGAACAAAUGCUCUUAUUGCUAGAUCUCUUUUGUUUCCUUUUUGUUGGCGUAAUUUUUCCCAUGUAAAUUCCCCUGAGCAAUUUUUGGAUUUUGUCGGCUCCUUGUAUCUACCUUAGCAAAACUUGUAUCGGAGCUGAAACUAUCUUUAUGUAGUGAUCAUCUUUUGUUCUUUUUGCAUGUGCUUGAUGCCAUUAAUGAAAGUACGUACUUCAUCA